GAGAGCAGGAGGGAAAGGAAGAGGAGGGCGCGAUCCCAUACAUCCACCGGGACUAUGCCCAGUUCGUUGUUUGCGGACAUGGAGCGGAAUGGGAGCGGAGGCGGCGGAGGGGGAGAGACCCUGGAUGACCAAAGAGCCCUUCAGAUCGCCUUGGACCAACUCUCCCUCCUGGGCUUGGACAGCGACGAGACGGGCUCCCUUUACGAGAACGAGCCGCGCAAAAAGAGCGUGAACAUGACCGAAUGCGUGCCCGUGCCCAGCUCGGAACAUGUCGCCGAGAUCGUGGGCAGGCAAGGUUGCAAAAUCAAAGCGCUGAGAGCAAAAACCAACACCUAUAUUAAGACUCCGGUGCGGGGGGAGGAACCGCUCUUCGUGGUCACGGGCAGGAAGGAAGAUGUGGCGAUGGCUCGGCGGGAGAUCAUUUCGGCGGCGGAACACUUCUCCAUGAUCCGCGCCUCCCGGAACAAAAACACCGUUUUGAACGGCACGGUGCCCAGCCCGCCCAACUUGCCUGGCCAGACCACGAUCCAAGUGCGGGUGCCUUACCGGGUGGUCGGCCUGGUCGUGGGGCCCAAAGGAGCCACGAUCAAGCGCAUCCAGCAGCAGACGCACACCUACAUCGUCACGCCCAGCCGCGACAAGGAGCCGGUGUUCGAGGUAACGGGCAUGCCGGAGAACGUGGACCGCGCCCGGGAGGAGAUCGAGGCGCACAUCGCUAUGCGCACCGGCGGCCUCAUCGAGCUGAACGACGACAACGACUUCCACGCCAACGGCACCGACGUGGGCUUUGAGCUGGGCGGAGGGGGCGCGGGCAGCCUCUGGAGCAAGCCCACGCCGCCGCCCCCUCCGCCGCCCCCUCCGCCGCCGCCCUCCUCCUCUUCCUCCUCCUCCUCCUCCUCCUCGUCGUCGUCUUCCUCCUCCAGCAUCACCCCGACGCCCGGCCGCAAGCCCUUCUGCAGCUACCGGAACGACAGCUCCAGCUCGCUGGGCAGCGCUUCCACCGACUCCUACUUCGGAGGUGGCGGCGGCGGCGGCGGCAGCGCCCGUUUGGCCGAUUACAGCCCGCCCAGCCCGGCCUUGGGCUUCCCCCACAACGGCACCCCCAGCAACGGCUACGCCGUCUACGGGGGCCCGGGGGAAGGCCUGGCCUCGCCCGACUGCUGCGCCGCCGAGCUGCCCCCCUUCGACUCCCCGCCGGGCUUCGACCUGGCUCCGGCGCCCCCGGCGGGCGCGCCCCUGAUGUGGUCGCAGUUCGAGCGCAGCCUGGCCUCGCCCGGCGCCGCCUUCCCCGGGGCCGCGGCGACCCCCAACGCCAACCUGGCCUUGUUUGUGAGUGGCGGGCAGAGGCGGGGCGCUCCGCCCGGCCCUCCCCCGACGCGCCUUUCCCCGCCCCUGCACGCCGGGGCGGGAGGCGUGGCGCUGGCAGCCGAGCAGCACCCCUUGGCGCGCCGGGUGCGCAGCGACCCGGGCGGCCGCCUCCUCGCCGCCGCCGUGGCCGCCGCCGCCGCCGCCGCCGCCACCUGCUCCUCGUCCUCCUCGUCGUCGUCGUCCUGCUCCUACCCGCUCUAUGCCAACGGGCUGGGCUGCCCCUUGCCCGGCCUGCCCUCCGACUCCUCGGCCUCUUCCUCGUCGUCCAGUUCUUCCUCCAGCUCGUCCUGUUCCUCGUCCGGGAUGAGGCGGAAAGGCAGCCGCGACUGCUCGGUCUGUUUCGAGAGCGAGGUGAUCGCCGCCCUGGUGCCCUGCGGCCACAACCUCUUUUGCAUGGAAUGUGCCAACCGCAUCUGCGAGAAGACCGAGCCGCAGUGCCCCGUCUGCCACAGCGCAGUCACUCAGGCCAUACGGAUCUUUUCCUGAGAGUUCACACGCACACCCCGGAGCGGUUUCCCGGCGCGCAGACUAGCCUCUUCGUCGGUCUCUUUCGCGGUGCGCUUCGAAAGCUGCAGUAUCCACACGUCCCAAAAGAAUAAUAAUGAGAACGAUGGUUAAAAAGAAUUGCAAAAAGGUGAACCUGACUUUUUUUUAAAGGUGGCUAUUAUCUUAAAGUAUAUAUAUAUAUAUAUAUAUAUGUAUGUAUGUAUGUAUGUAUGUAUGUGUAUAUAUGUGUAUAUAUAUAUAUAUAUAUAUAUAUAUAUAUUAAAAAAUCUAUAUAUAAAUCUAUAUUAUUUUAUUUUAUUUUAUGACAUUGAGUGUACUGUAGCCUAGGAUGGGUUGAAGGGGGAUAUUUGUAACAUCUGGUGCAUGCUAUUAAUAUUGAGGAAUGACAUUCUAGUAAUAGAAUAGUUUUAACACUUUAUCUUAAGGCCAACCAACCUUCCAAAACAUUUUCUCUCUCUCUCUCUCUCUCUCCAUCUCUCUCUCUCUCUCUCUCUCUCUCUCUCUCUCACUCUUUUAAAAGUAGGAAAUGCAUAUGGAUUAUGAUGGUGUUUGAAACAUUUAGCAUAACGUGUUGGUAGUUGCUAGAUUGCUAUUGAGAUACAGAUCUAUGGAUGGAUUAUUUUCCCUGAAUGUUCUUGAAAGGGCGUUUUUUUCCUGUGAAAGUAAUAAUAAUAAACUUAUGAUACUGCAGCUUUAUCAAAGAAAAAAGAAGAAAAAAAGGAAAA